CAUUUAAGGAAACAGAGCAGAGAUCUAAUAGAUGAGUUCGCUGAAUGUGUCUGUAACUGGUAAGGUUCCAGACAGCCAUGCACAGCACUAUUCUGAAAGCCAUUCUCUUGUGGAAUUGUUGCACUGUUCUUAAUGCAUUAUUUACGGUGCAGACCAUGAAAUCGCAGUACACUGUGGAAUAUGGGAGUGAUGUCACCAUGGAAUGCCAUUUCCCAAUGACAUCGGAAUCUGAUGUAAAAAAUUUGAAUGUUUUAUGGAAACACAGCAGAGAUAAUGAGAAAAGCGUAGAACUAGUGAAGUAUUUAAAUGGCAGGGAAGUCCUAAUAUUGCAAGACAAAGACUACACAGACCGAGUGAAACUUUUAUCACAUGAACUGUAUAAUGGCCGCGCUGUUCUGCAAAUACGUAACGUGACGAUUACUGAUGCUGGACAAUAUUUUUGCAUUAUAUCCUCUCAAGGAUCCGACUAUAAAAUGAUUACUCUGGAAGUACAAGCUCCAUACAAAGAAAUAACAACACGAGUCACAGAUGUGGUCACCUUGUCAGGAGAGACAAUGAAGGAGAUUUCCUGUCAAUCAUUCGGAUAUCCAGAGGCUGAGGUCACCUGGCAGAGUGACAGAGGGAACCUGAGCCUUGUCCCUAACACCAGCUACACUCUAACUGAUGAAAGACUGUUUAAUGUCACCAGUGUCAUCAGAAUCUUGGACGCAGCUAAUAGGACGUUCACCUGCUUAUUUUGGAACAAAGCAAUUAAAAACUCAACAUGGCUAACAUUUACUUUACCAGUGUCAGAAACUAACAGUAAAGAGAAAAGCAGAGAUUGGAUAUUUGCUGCUGUCACUGUCAUAAUAUUACUUAUACUAACUGUUACUGUGCUAAUAGUACUCGGUCGCUGGAAAAGUCUUUCUGUGAAGGGAACAAACUUAUACAACAACAUACAUACAAAUGAGACUCACUGUAUUAAUGCCAGUAUGUUGUCUACCGGAAAAUGUUCUGACCACAACUCUGAACAUACUGCCAUAGAAGUUGAAAACACAUAAUACAAGACUGAAUAAAGAAAAAAACAACAAUGAAUGGAAAAAAAAUCCUUGCAACUGAGCACUUUAUCAGAAGAAUAUGUUUACAUGAGAGGGUUUGU